AUGUUUUCUAAGUUUUUUCAUUUAAAAUAUUUCUUGCAGAUAUUCAUCUUUGGUGCUGUAUUGGCAGUAGUCCAAUGUGGUCAGUUAGGUCACGGUGGCUACUCUCAGCAAUCGCAAUACAACACAAUCAAUCAUGGUGCCUCUUAUGGUGCAGCUCCUUAUUAUAAUUCUGCUGCUUUAGAUCAUGCAGCUUAUAAUAAUGGUCUAGGAUAUGGUGGGUCUUUGAGCCCUCUUAUCCAUCAAUCAUCCCUCACUCAUGCCGCACCACUUGCUCAUGCUAAUUCCUUCGCCCAUUCUGCAUCCUUAUCUCACGCCGCACCUUUGAUUCAUGCUAGUCCCUUAUCUCAUCAGGCCUCUCUAGCACAUGGACAUGCUACUCCAUUAGCCCACCCCUCAGCCCUUACUUAUUCUUCACCUCUGGCACAUGCUGCACCUCUAUCUCAUGCCGCAACGAUAUCUCAUACUGCUCCCUUUGCUCAUGCAACAUCUCAUGCCAAUGUAGUUUCCUUAUCCCACGCCUCUCGCAGUCACGUCGGAAAGUACGGUGGAUAUUACUCUGGCCAAGCCUAUAACUCUCACCCAAAGUAUCAGUACUCGUACUCUGUCGAGGACCCGCAUACUGGUGACCACAAGGCCCAACACGAGACCCGCGACGGUGAUGUUGUGAAGGGCGGAUACUCAUUGUUGCAGCCUGAUGGCUCUUUCAGGAAGGUGUCUUACUCUGCCGAUGACCAUAAUGGUUUCAACGCAGUGGUACAUAACUCCGGGCCGAGCCAUCACGUCUACUCCGCUCAGUACCACCAUUAUUGAAGAAAAUAAAACUAAGAACCUGGAAAAUGUACAAAAUAUUAUAAUGUAUUCGUUUAUUUAAAAUAAGU